AUGCUCCUGGAGACGGAGCUUGAGCGCGACCAAAAUAGGCCCGGGGCCACCGGGGCUGCCGCCUGCACCUUCGGUGGGACCCGGGAGAUCCCGCUGUGCGCUGGCUGUGACCAGCAUAUCCUGGACCGCUUCAUCCUCAAGGCCCUGGACCGCCACUGGCACAGCAAGUGUCUCAAGUGCAGCGACUGCCACACACCACUGGCUGAGCGCUGCUUCAGCCGCGGGGAGAGCGUGUACUGCAAGGACGACUUCUUCAAGCUGAGCACCGCAGGCCUCUCCGAGGGCGACUGGGCAGGGCUAGCACUUCAACACAUUUUGUUUUUACGUAAUUUUGUAAACGUGGAAGCAGUCGUUAAAAAGGUGUGGUUCCAGAACCGCAGGGCCAAGGAAAAGAGGCUCAAGAAAGACGCGGGCCGACAGCGAUGGGGCCAGUAUUUCCGCAGCAUGAAGCGCGCCCGCGGCGCCCCCAAGUCGGACAAGGACAGCGUCCAGGAGGAGGGGCCGGACAGCGACGCUGAGGUCUCCUUCACGGAAGAGCCAGCCAUGGCCGAGAUGGGCCCCGCCAACGGCCUCUACAACAGCCUGGGGGAGCCCACCCCAGCCUUGGGCCGGCCCUCGGGAGCCCCCGGCAGCUUCCCACUGGAGCACAGAGGCCUGGCUGGCCCAGGCCCAGAGCAGUUCCGGGAGCUGCGCCCCGGCAGCCCCUAUGGUGUCCCCCCUUCCCCUGCGGCCCUGCAGAGCCUCCCGGGCCCCCAGCCCCUCCUCUCCAGCCUGGUGUACCCCGAUGCUGGCCUGGGCCUCGUACCCACGGGGGCCCCAGGGGGACCCCCGCCCAUGCGAGUGCUGGCUGGGAACGGACCCAGCUCUGACCUGUCCACGGGGAGCAGUGGGGGCUACCCCGACUUCCCCGCCAGCCCCGCCUCCUGGCUGGAUGAGGUGGACCACGCCCAGUUCUGACCGAGGCCCCCAGCUCCACUGAGCACUGGACUUGAAGGCGAAGGGGAGCGGGCUGGCGCUGCGCCCUCCUUUCCAGGAGCCUGGACCUCGAGUCGUGGGGUGCCGCCACGGGUGCCACUGGGGACAGGAUGAAGAUGAGGAGCCAGCGGAGGGAGCACCCUGCCCGCACCCCCACUCUCAAGCAGGACUGUCUGCCUCUCCUUCUCCGACCAGGGCUGGUCCACUGUGGGCGCCCAGAAGCCUGUUCUGUACGCAGACUUCUCCCUUUAUGGACCAGCUAACCAAGGGCGUGGGCUGAUUCUAGACAUGAGAUGGCUCCCCACUAGGCCCUCCGGGCCUCUCCCUGGCCCAGCCCGGCUGGGAGAUGCGUUCAUUCCCAAAACUGAAAAAUUCUGCUGAUCCUGCUUUCAUUCCCAGGCCCAUCUCUCUGAGCCCACGUUAGGACAGAGACCGGCCUCACCUUUCCAGGCUGAAGGUGGCAGUGGGGGGGAGGGCACCUCUGUGUCCCUUCAGCUCCCUCUGGGGACCUCCCUGCCACCAAACCCCUUUCCCCAGGAGCCCAUCACCCCUGCCCUAGGGCACAGGGCUCGGGUUCCUCCGUUCUCACUGGACUCCACUCCCCUCUGGAGUUAACAACUCCCUGGGGGGCCCUGGUCGGCCCAGCCCUCUGUCCACCGGGAGCUCCCUCCCCGCCCGGGUUAGGUUUUCCUCCCCUCCCCCAGCCCAGCCAACCAGCCUCAGCGUCCGGCCACGCCCAGCCCACCCAUUUCCGUUGCCAAACAGCCCUGACCCCCCUCCCCCAGCUGCCUCUAACUGCCCGGCUGGACAUCAGCUGGAGAAGCUGAGGGCGGGGCUGCUCUGUCCGGCCGCCUCCUCCCUCAGAACUUCUCCUGCCACCUUCAGGCACAAGGGCUGCCUCAAGGGGGUCCCAGUCAUUCCUGUGAACCUGCGUCCUGCUACCGUUGGUUCUGUGAAAGUCUGGUCUUUUAUUUAUUCUCCGACCAUCGGCUUUUUUCAAACAUCAUUAAAUUUUUCAGUUGCC